ACGGCACGCGGCCUCGCCACAACAGCAGUUUUUACAUCCGGAUUCUCACCCCCAGAUGGGAAGACCAGAGUGAAGUCAUGAACAGGGACAGAGCGGUACCGGGGCCCCCCGGGGGGGACGGGGUCCACACCGUGCUGAGCCGGGACAGAGUUCUACCGGGGCCCCCCGGGGGGGAUGGGGUCCAGACCGUGAUGACCCGGGACCGGGCGGUUCCGGGUCCUGGCGCUGACGGGGUCCAGACCGUGGUGGGCCCGGACGGAGGGGACAUUUUGGACGGAGUAGCCGCCGGAGACAAGCGGCUCUUCUCCGGCGUCGGGACCGGCGGCAGAGACACUCAGGCGGCCGAGAAUCCCUCGGAGGCUCCGCCGGUGCUGGUCCCGCCACAGCAGGGCCCCGCGGGGCACAGGACCACCUCGUUCUCGGUCCUGGACAUCUUGGACCCGAACAAGUUCACGAGCAGCAGGAGGGUCCAGCAGCCGCAGCGCGCGAGCCACCGGGUCGAGCGCGAGCUGAGCGCGUGCGGGGCGGAGAACCGGAGAACGUCGGAGCGCGAGCCCGGCCUGGAGCCCGGCUGCGGGCCGGAGGACUACCAGAACCACCAGGAGGGCUUCGUGUACAGAGGCCCAGAUGAGGACGAGUACCACAGAACUGGAACCCCGGACUCAGAAGCCCCGGAUGGGCCCUACAGCAGUGAGGAGAGCAGCUCAGCACUGCCCAGGAAUGGAGAGAGGGAUAUGGGACAGCAUAGUCUCCAGGACCCUUCCAGAGACACCAAAAGCCCCGGAGAGGGGUCAACAGGCCAGAUCGGUACCACCCAGACCAACGGUGGCCACGGCCCACAGGGCAAGCCCAAAAGGAAGCGCUCAGGCUCGGACUCCAAAUCAGGGAAGCCCCGCAGAGCUCGGACUGCUUUCACUUAUGAGCAGCUGGUGGCACUAGAGAACAAGUUCAAAUCCACUCGCUACCUGUCUGUGUGUGAGCGGCUGAACCUGGCUCUGUCGCUCUCCCUCACUGAGACCCAGGUCAAGAUCUGGUUCCAGAACCGCCGGACCAAGUGGAAGAAACAGAAUCCCGGAGCAGACACCUCAGCUCCCACCGGUGCAGGAGGACCGGGCGGCACAGGGGGAGGUGCAGGGGGCGGGAUGGGUACCCUCAGCCCUCUCAGCCCGUCUCCUCCAGUCAGUGGACACCUCGCCAUGCACGCUGGCUACACCGGCCACCAUCAUCCCACCACCAGCAGCCUGGUCCAGCUGCCUUUCCUCGCCGCCAGCCAUGUCCUGUCGCCAUUCAUGCUCGGGACGCAGAGCUACGCUGCACCCGCCUUCUACAGCACACACCUGUAGACAC